GCUCUGGCAUGGGGGUGGAGAAUAGAAAGACCUCUGCCUGUGGGACUGUGGUGGAAAGUAGGGCUGUGUGAGUUUGUCUGUUUAGGCAAAUGUGGAAAGAAAAAGGGACAGAAGACAAAAACACGGUGGCUGGACCAAAAAGACAUGAAAAGGACUUACAGAUGAAGAGGAUGGACGAAACAGCAGUUUCAAUUCAACUGAUCUGAACCCAAAAAGAAGGAGAGAAAGAUAAAGUAGCGCUAGAGAAGACCGGGGACAUGUCGGUACAGGAGGAAAGGAAAAAAUCAGUGAGCAGUCUUUGACUUAUGCCUCUAACAGUUGAGGGGCAAAUUCAGUCACACCAGUUAGACAGGAAGACAAAGAGAGGGUCUGUUCCAAAGUGUUAGAAAACAGGUGGACACAAAGAAAAGAUUGCGUAUCUAGUCAGAGCAAGCAAAAACGAAAGGGAGGAGGAAAUCUGAAAUCAUAGCAGCCGUGACAGUCAGCAGAUAAAGUGGAGGUUGUAAUGGAGAGGGGGAACAGAAGGUGAGGGGAGCGUAACGGGUGAGGAAGUUAUGAGGGGACAGCUCUUGAAGACCUUCCUCUCUUUGAUGGUCACUGUCCUGUUGGUGAGCCUUCUGACAACCUUCAUGUGGUACAGGCUAGACAACAAGCCUCUGAGGACUUCACAGAACAGCUGGAUUUAUACUGAGAUUCAGUAACACACAAGUGGACCAUAUUUACAUAUUAGCUGAAUUCUCAGGCUAUUAAUGGUGCUGGAUUUUUUUAAAGGAACAUUCUUCCAGAGUAAAAGGGGCUUGAUAAAAAUGCACAGCACUGUUCAGUGGUGAUACCAUUGGUCCUUUUACUUUGCUUAGCAAUUUCACGCUACGUUCGGUGGACCUGUCACAUGGAAUACAGUCAAGUGUCUGGUUGUGAUGUGACAAAAUGUAAGAGUUCAAGGAGUAUGAAGACUUUCUCAAGUAAUGUGCAACCUCAGCGAUCACAUCCUCAAAAGAAUAGUGCUCCUAAAUCCUCUGCUUCAUGCAAAGACUGCAGGGAGAAUAUAAAUAAAGUGUUAGAGCUCUACUCAGGAGCCUGGAAGAAACAAGAGGCGAGUUACCAAACGUUCAGGUCGCAGCUGAGCACCAAGUGCCAUGGUUUUGAGAAGGCCACCAUUACCCAGACGAACACUCCAGUGGGAACAAAGCUUGUUUAUGAUGGAGACAGGAAGAGAACGCUUCAGGUGAACCUGGAGAUUUUCAGCACCUUUUAUAAAGGGCAUCCUUUCCCAAAUAAAACAUGGCACACAUGUGCUGUUGUUGGGAAUGGUGGGAUUCUGGCAAACAGCAGCUGUGGUAAAAUGAUUGACUCAGCUGAGUUUGUUAUCAGGUGCAAUCUACCUCCUUUGUCUAAUGGGUAUGAGAAACAUGUGGGCAUCAAGACAGACCUUGUGACAGCAAACCCAAGCAUCCUUUUGGAAAAGUUUGGGGGUCUCAUGGGACGUCGACGUAUGUUUGUGGAGAGUCUGCGCAGCUAUAGCCACUCUUUGUUGCUUCUUCCUGCCUUCUCCUUUGCCCACAACACUCCUGUGUCUCUACGGGCUUUUUACACACUGGAGGACUUUGAAAGCCCCAUCAGACCAAUCUUCUUCAAUCCAGGGUACCUCAAGAGUCUGGCCCUCUUCUGGCGCUCUCAGGGCCUAAGAACAGUACGGCUCAGCACUGGUAUCAUAAUGACAAGCCUAGCUCUGGAACUCUGUGACAACGUGCAGCUGUAUGGAUUCUGGCCCUUCGAUGUUCAUCCACAUAGCUUUCAAACCCUUACUAACCACUAUUAUGAUGACAGGAAAACCAAAGCAAAGUUCCACGCCAUGCCAGAUGAGUUUAACCACUUGUUGCAUUUGCACACACAGGGCGUGCUCAAAUUACACCUGGGAGAAUGCAAAGCAGGGGCAAACUAGACCCUUUAGGAAAAAUAGCAAAGUGCCUUCUCUGUUGCUUCAGGAUGAAACCCAUCUUUAAGACAUUUAUAAUCUUAUUUUAAAUAAGUGGACUGUAUGGAAUAGACCGAGCAUAACCCCACAAUUCAGCAAAUCUAUCAGCAGCUACAAACUUGUACUCUGAUUGAAAUGCAACCAUAAGAAGACAAGGAGCAGCCUGUAAAUGAGGUUACAUUUUUUUCUCCAACUUUAUUUAUUGUGUUUUGUUCUAGCUGAAGUCAGGUGGGAGUUGUGAUGUAACAUGUGUGCCCUUGUGAGGCCAUUUUCCAGUAUCUUAUGUUCUUAUGUUAUUGUAAUUUUAGGUCUGGGUGGAUGUGAGUUAAAGGAAACCAAAUACCUCCUUUAGAAGACUUUUGUGACUAAAACGAACACCAGCAAACUGAAUGUAAAGGUUUUAACACAUUUCACCACUUUGAAAGUUUUGUUUAGAGGGAAAUAUACCUGCCUAAAUCACAUGAAUGUGCUGAUACUGAACGUUUUCUUCGCUCUGACAGACUUUGGAUGAGUGAUGGGACCUUUGUUGACUUAAAUAAAGGCAUCCUGAUAGAAAUACAUGUUGCACUAAUCUUCACUGACAUCACAACACCACUAACAGAUCUUAGGUGCUUUUGGGAACACUUUGUCUGUUCUGUUAAGUUUUCUAUUGAGGUUACCAGCCUUGAAAAAAUAUUAUACUGCCACUUUGUGGUGGGAAAUAUGUAUUGCUGCAUUGUCAGCACCAGUCUGGAUAGAACAGAGUAAUUUUGUAUGUUUGCUGCACUGAAAGUAAAGGGGCCGAAUAAUAUUUUCAGUUUUUUAUUUGUUAAAAAAGUUUGACACAUCCAAUACAUUUUAUUCCACUUCACGAUAGUGUCCCACUUGUUGUUGAUUCUUCACAAAAAAUUUGAAUUUUAUAUCUUUAUGUUUGAAGCCUGAAAUGUGGCAAGAGGUUGAAAAGUUCAACGGGGCCGAGUACUUUCGCAAGGUACUGUAUAUCAGGACAAAUAUGAAUUACCUUGAAAAUGUUUUUGGGUCUUUGUCUUAAAUUAUGUGGCAGUUGCUUUCUUUGUCAGUCAGCAAUGCCAAAUAUUGAUAGGGCUUCUUUUUGGGUUGUAAGUAUAGCUACAGAAAAGCGCAAUAAACAGUCCUGUCAACUCAGAUGAGUUAAUGCAUAUUCAGCUUGAAGCUUUAACUUUCAAACUGGAGAAUUAGACUCUGAAAAAAGGGACAGUGACCUUUUUUAUACUAUAGUGAUUUGUUUCAUACAAGUUAUCACACUUUAAUUACAAAAAAAAACACCCACUGUGACCACAGAAAGUUAUAUACAUAUGUAUGUGUGCUUGUGUUCAAGAGGAAGAAGAGAAUCUCAAAUUGGCAUAGCAAACAUUUGGCAUGGCAAACAGCAGAAAGGGAAGAUUAUGAGCCACAAAGAAACAAAGGGUGACAGAAAUAGCAGGUGAAGUUAGAAGGAGGAGGAAUUAUGAGGGGAUUGCUUUUACUCUAAUCUGAAUUUCCUGUUUAUGGUGAGGCUACUGACAGCUGUCAUCUGGAAUAGAUUCAACAAGUAAGGUCCCUUUGAACUUAAACUAUGUCGAUCUAUGUUGGAUGAGUUUUAACUAGGUGAUGUAUGGAUCAAAUGUACAAAAGGCAAAGGCAGGCUGCUGGGAUUUGACUAAAGUGGUAGAAGGUCCGUAUAUAUCAGACGAGAAACAAUUUAACUGCACAGUGUAUUGUGUUGCAUUUGCAAUCAUAAUGUGGGGGUAUGAAAUAUUUCUGACAUCAGAUACUGCUAUAGUGAAAAUGACAACACAAUGUCUCUCUAAAGCUUACACAUGAUGCAUAAGAAGCAUCAUAUGCACUAAAGUGAAAAGCCUGAUUAAGCCUGAUAGCCUGUGGUAAUUAACAAAUAAUAUGUAUGUAAUAAAACCCAGUUUCAAUAAAUAUGCUGUAAUAAUUUUA